AUGGUCGGCGUCCCUGGCCGCUCAAAGGCCUGCAACACCUGCCUCAAGCGCAAGAUUAGGUGCGACCUCGCCAAGCCGUACUGCGGCAACUGCUCCAAGUCGAAACGCGUAUGCGGGGGGUACGCCCGCAAGACGGCCUACGUCUUCUCCGACAACGUCGUCCUGCCCGCAAACGCCGCCCACGACACCGACGGCACCCUGACCUACCAGGGCCGAUGGAAGGGCAGAACCACAAAGAAAUCAACCAAACCAUCACCGCCACGCACAGCAGACCACAAUCUACUCAUUGCAGAAGUCCGCCCGCGUCUACAAUGGCUCACCGAUGACACCUCCUCCGACACCUCCUCCCCCGGCACGACCACCCCGCCACCGCCGCUGGCCGUUCCCAACUUCCUCGACGUCCAGCGCAUCCCCAUGAUGCCGUCGCUGUGGCAGCAGCUGCACCACGUCUUCCUACACGCCUACAUGCCACGCGAGGGCCUCGGCGCCGCCGAGAACGCCGGCGUCGUGACCGGCAACUGGCUGCUGCAGCUGCGCGGGCGGCCCUCCUCGCUGCCCGCCCUGCAGACCGCCGUCGCCGCGCUCGCCACCGCGCAGCUCGGCCGCGAUCACGCUGACGCCGCCCUCCGCGCCCAGAGCGCCCACCUCUACCUCCGCAGCCUCGAGCACCUGCGCGCCGCCAUCGCCGCGCCCGUCACCCGCCUGAGCGACGACGCGCUGGCCGCCUGCCUGGCCCUCGGCGUCUACGAGCUGACGGAGAAGCCCAUCACCUCCUCCUCCUCCAGAAGACGCCCACGGGAGGAGGAGGGCGGGGGCGCCGCGUACGCCAAGCACGUGGCCGGCGCAAUGAUGCUGCUCGAGCUCCGCGGGCCGGACGCGCACGACACCCCGCUCGCGCACAGCCUGUUCCUCGGCCUCCGCCGGCACAGCGUCAUCACCACGCUCAUCCGGCGCGCCGACAGCUUCCUCUCCGACGACGCAUGGCGCGCGCGGCCCUGGCGCGUCUACCCGAAGAACAUCCUCGACCGGUGCCUCGACUGCGUGCUGGACCUGCCGCCGCUGCAGCGCCUCGCCGACGACAUGCCACGCGGCGGCGGCGGCGGCGGGGUGGCAGACGAACUCGUGGAAAAGUGCACCGCGGUGUUGGCGAGGCUGGAGGAGUGGCACGGCGCGUUUGAGGCGCAGUUGGUCGGCCCGCCGUACUGGUCGCGCUUCAGCACGCUGGGCGACGACGGUGGCGAGACGCCGUUCCCGGUGUCGUUUGCGUUCCCGACGUUUGGCACGGCGUACCUGCUGAUGACGUACUGGUCGGGCGUCAUGGUCAGCCACUGGCUGCUGUUCGUCGCCUACCGCAGCCUCGCCGAUGAUGAGGAUGAUGCGCGGCUACGCGCACGACGGCAGGAGCACAGGGAGGCCUGGGUCGCCAUGGCGCGGAACCUGUGCCAGAUGACCGAGUACCUGCUCGGCGACGGCAUGGGCAAGGUGAGCCUCACGGUUGCACUGGCGGUGCUGGAGGGCGCCAUGGCUAUGUUCCGCGACGGCACGCCAGACUGGGAGAGGGAGAAGGCCUGGGUUGCGGAGAUGAUUGACCGGACGGUUGGGAAGCUCGGUGAAGGCGAGCAUUGUGGUGGCGGGGUGGUGGCCGCAGGCGGCGUGCUCGCAAUAUAG